AGAAGAAGAAGAAGAAGAAGAAGCUAUCUGCAGUUCUUCUCUUUUUGUUCUCUAUCAUUUCUCUGUGAAUUUUCCUUCACUUUCUUUCUCUUUCCCUGUAACCAAACACAGGAUUUUGGGUGGGAAUUGACAAGAAUUUGAUUUUGUUCUUGCCAAAAAAGUUGAUAAAGGAUUGUUAAGAAUCUGAAUCUGUUGGGAUAGAGAGAGUUGCUUUAGAGAUACAUUCAAAGAGAUUUAAAGGGGCUGUUCAGAAGGAAUUUGUGCUAGAUUUGGUUGAUUUACAGUAGCUGAUUGUGAAAAUCGGUCUUUGUUUCAUUGAAAUUUACCCAGUGACGGUGACGUAGUUGGAGUUUCAGAGAUACAUUUUCAAAGAGAUUAGAGCAGCUUUAUAAGGUGAAGAUCAGAGGAGUCGAAGUUUAACGUCCUUGAAAUGUCAUUAUAUUGUUGAAAUUUGAUAUAAAGAAAGCAAUAUACUGGCUAAUUGACGGAGGUGUGGUACUAUUGGAGGUUUACAGAAGAAGAUGGAAAACAGUCCAUUGAGAAGCAGUAAUAACGGUACCAGCGGCGGUAUUACCAGUAACGGCAGAGAUAGAAGCGGAGGGGACGGUGGAUUAUUAAGAGCGAGCCCAGAGAUGAACACGAGGCAAACGAUAUCCACUGAUUUUGUCUUGCAAUGGGGUAACCGGAAGCGGCUGCGGUGCAUGAAAGUACAGGUGAAGGACGACUCGGCCGCCCCGGCCCAUCGGACGACGGUUCGAGUCGUUAGAACCGACAAGGACACUUCCAAUCAGCCGACCGCUGCCACUGCUAAUAGUAAUGGUAGUAAUCUUCACGGUAAUGGUUACUACUCUAAUCUACGUCAGCGGCCCUGUUCGCCUCCACCUCCGCCGCCUCAGCGUAUUCUCAGGAACUCUGAGAAUUCAAGUGCUAUGAGAGGGCAAAGCAACGGCGUUGGUGUAAGAGGUUUUGCGUCACCAGACAGGGGAGCGCACGAUAAGAGAGGUACCCGAAACAAUAACCAUCAAAACAGCAACCACCACAACAAUAAUCAUAAUCAUGAUUACAACAAGUCAGGGGGAUCAUCGGAAACCGCCCACGACAGCAAAAAAGGAGGGUCUUCUUCUGCCAGCGGCGAGGCGGCACCACCUGUUUGGCCACCGAAAUUCGUUAUUGCUUUGACCAACAAAGAAAAAGAAGAGGAUUUCAUGGCCAUUAAAGGCUCUAAGCUUCCACAAAGACCUAAAAAGAGAGCAAAGUUUAUUCAACGCACUCUCAAUUUGGUAAGCCCAGGUGCAUGGUUAUGUGAUCUAACCCUUGAACGGUAUGAAGUGAGGGAGAAGAAGAUCUCUAAAAAGAGACCAAGAGGUUUGAAGGCAAUGGGUAACAUGGAUUCAGACUCAGAGUAAGAGGAAUUCCGGUGUAGGCUUGUAUUUGUUUGGGGAAUGAUAAUGAAGACGAUAGAUGGUGAAAGGUGGUGGAUUUUUUCCUUUUGGUCUAGGAUGUGAGAAAUGCUGGAAUUGUGUAAAUCGUCACACAUUUAACCCUUCAGAAGAAUGGAAUGAUAAGAUUUCGUCUGUA